GGCCAGGUAGAGCCGUGCCGCCCCUCUGGGCCGCGGCGCUGCCCCCGCCCCGGGCGCCGAGGGGAGGCGGCUCCGGGCCCCGCCCGCGGCCGCCGCCAUCUCCUGCUGCCGCCGCGCCGAGCGCGGCCGGGGGCUGAGGGCGGCCGGCAGCGGCCAUGAGGAGCCGCAGCAACUCGGGGGUGCGCCUGGACGGCUACGCCCGCCUGGUCCAGCGGACCAUCCUCUGCCACCAGAAUCCAGUAACAGGGCUGCUUUCAGCUGGUACAGACCAUAAGGAUGCUUGGGUACGGGACAACGUCUACAGCAUCCUGGCGGUGUGGGGGCUCGGGAUGGCGUACCGAAAGAACGCAGACCGGGACGAGGAUAAGGCCAAAGCAUACGAACUUGAGCAGAAUGUUGUGAAGCUGAUGCGGGGGCUCUUACAGUGCAUGAUGAGACAGGUAGAUAAGGUAGAGAAGUUCAAAUGCACACAGAGUACCAAAGACUGUCUGCACGCCAAGUAUAACUCAGCUACUUGUGCCACGGUGGUUGGAGAUGACCAGUGGGGACAUCUGCAAGUAGAUGCUACUUCACUUUAUCUGCUCUUCUUGGCACAGAUGACUGCAUCAGGAUUACGUAUCAUCUUCACCCUUGAUGAAGUUGCCUUUAUUCAGAAUCUUGUUUUUUACAUAGAAGCUGCCUACAAAGUUGCUGAUUAUGGCAUUUGGGAACGUGGUGAUAAGACAAACCAGGGCAUCCCUGAACUGAACGCGAGCUCCGUAGGGAUGGCCAAAGCUGCUUUGGAAGCAAUAGAUGAACUAGAUCUUUUUGGAGCUCAUGGAGGGCACAAAUCAGUGAUUCAUGUUCUUCCUGACGAAGUAGAACACUGUCAGUCUAUACUUUACUCCAUGUUGCCAAGGGCAUCCACGUCAAAGGAGAUAGAUGCUGGCCUUCUCUCUAUUAUUUCUUAUCCGGCUUUUGCAGUGGAGGAUAUAAACCUGGUUAAUGUAACCAAGAGCGAAAUCAUUUCCAAACUGCAGGGCCGCUAUGGCUGCUGUCGUUUUCUCCGGGAUGGAUACAAGACACCCAGAGAGGAUCCAAGCAGGCUGCACUAUGAUCCUGCUGAGCUCAAGCUGUUUGAGAAUAUUGAAUGCGAGUGGCCAGUGUUCUGGACAUACUUCCUAAUUGAUGGUGUAUUUAAUGAGGACAAAAUUCAGGUAGAAGAGUACAGAGAGGCUUUGGAAGGAAUACUUAUUAGAGAAAAGAAUGGAAUAGUUCUAAUGCCUGAGCUGUACGCAGUCCCUCCAGAAAAGGUAGACGAGGAGUAUGAAAAUCCUCACUCAGUGGAUCGUGUCCCCAUGGGAAAGCUGCCUCACCUUUGGGGCCAGUCAAUGUAUGUCCUUAGCUGCUUACUAGCAGAGGGAUUUCUGGCUGCAGGUGAAAUUGAUCCCUUAAACAGAAGAUUUUCCACUGGAUUUAAACCUGAUGUUGUGGUACAAGUAACUAUUCUGGCAGAAUCUAAUCAAAUUAAGAAUUUAUUGCAAGACCAUGGAAUCAAUGUUCAGAGCAUUGCUGAUAUCCAUCCACUGAGAGUGCAACCAGCCCGCAUCCUGAGUAAUCUCUACACCAAGUUGGGUAGGAAUGAGAACAUGAAAUUAAGUGGACGUCCACAUCGACACAUUGGAGUGCUGGGUACCUCCAAGCUGUACGUGAUAAGAAAUCAAAUUUUUGCCUUUACCCCUCAGUUUACUGACCAGCAUCACUUCUAUCUGGCUCUAGACAAUCAGAUGAUUGUGGAGAUGCUCAAGACAGAGCUGGCUUACCUCACUUCUUGUUGGAGGAUGACAGGGAGACCAACCCUGACGUUUCCCAUCACCCACACGAUGCUUGUUGACGAUGGUACUGACAUUCAUCCAGCGGUUCUUGCCACCAUACGAAAAUUAGAGGAUGGUUAUUUUGGAGGUGCAAGGGUGAAGAUAGGCAAGCUGUCAGAAUUUCUUACCACCUCUUUUCAUACGCAUCUGAGCUUUUUGGAUCCAGACUGUGACGUAAAACUGUUUGAUGACCCUAAUGAAGGCCGUUGUAGCCCUGACAGUGAAUAUGGAGGUUAUCCAGCAGAUUUCUGUGAAAAAGAAAGCCAGGAUGAGCUGGAUCAGUAUAUAAAUGAUAUCUUGCAGAGCACAGCACUGAAAUCAUACCUGCCUCCAACUUCAAAGACUGCUAAUCAACCACCCGUGUUCAGUGCAAACCAUUCCACACACGAGAUACUGUCGAUAAUGGCCAAGGCAAAGGGUUUGGAGAUUCCAGCUGUUUCCAUGUCUCUUCCGACUAAAGUUCUGAACACACACCGGAAGUCUCUGAAUCUUGUUGAUACUCCCCUUUCCUUUGACAGAAGGGACUCUGAAAAUGUCUUGAACUUACCUAAAGAUGCUCAUGGUGAUUUGGAUUGCAGGAAGCUUGUUGAGCAUCUCAACGAAUGCCCAACGCUCCAUGAUCAAGCAGAUAUCUUAUAUAUCUUGCAUAUAGUCAAAGGCCCUGACUGGGAUACAGAGCUGAACGGACAAUAUGGCGUCACUGUUCAUUGCCUGCUCAACGAGCUCUACAGAAAGGCAGGCCUCAAUCAGGAGUGGGGGUUAAUCCGUUAUAUUUCUGGUAUACUUAAAAAGAGAGUGGAAGUCCUGGCAGAGGCAUGCACAGACCUCCUGUCACACCACAAGCAACUUACUGUGGGCCUGCCACCAGAACCCCGCGAGAAAAUCAUUACCACCCCCCUGCCACCUGAGGAGCUCAUAGAUCUUAUUUAUGAAGCCAGUGGCCAAGACAUCAGUAUUGCCGUCCUGACACAGGAAAUAAUUAUGUACUUGGCAAUGUACGUUCGAUCACAGCCUAGUCUUUUCAUGGAGAUGCUCAGGCUCCGCAUCGGUCUGAUAAUUCAGGUGAUGGCCACUGAGCUGGCUCGAAGUCUGAAAUGCUCAGGUGAAGAAGCUUCAGAGAGUUUGAUGAAUCUAAGCCCCUUUGAUAUGAAAAAUCUCCUACAUCAUAUUCUCAGUGGAAAAGAGUUUGGUGUGGAAAGAAGCUUGCGACCUAUGGAUUCCUCUUCAUCUAGCCCUGCGAUUUCUAUUCAUGAGAUGGGGUAUUCUGGAGCAACCAAAACGGGAAGAAGUGGUAUUACUAAAUUAAAGAGCGAGAUGAAGCAGAGGGGCAGCACUCCACCAUCUCCCACCAGCACUUCUCCUACUGGCUCUGACAGAGACAUCAGCUGGGGGGACCGCAAAGGGCAGUGGCUGCGCAGGAGGAGGCUUGAUGGUGCCAUUAACAGAGUUCCUGUUGGCUUCUAUGAGAAAGUGUGGAAGAUCCUUCAGAAGUGUCACGGUUUGUCCAUUGAUGGGUACGUCCUUCCUUCCUCAACCACCAGAGAGAUGACCCCGUGCGAAAUCAAGUUUGCUGUGCACGUGGAGUCGGUGCUGAACCACGUACCCCAGCCCGAGUACCGGCAGCUCCUGGUGGAAGCUAUUCUCGUCCUUACCUUCCUGUCUGACAUCGAGGUGAACAGCAUCGGGGGAAUCAUCCACGUGGAUCGAAUAGUGCACAUGGCCAACGACCUCUUUCUGCAGGAACUGAAAUCGUUUGGAGCUACCGGUGGUAUCUUGGAGAAAGACAUAGCCACAGGAAUCUGCCACUUUUUUUAUGACAGCGCUCCAAGUGGGGCCUAUGGGACUAUGACAUACCUAACCAAAGCCAUAAUUAUUUAUUUACAGGAUUUCCUGCCUAGCACAGGCUGUGUGAUGCAAUAAGCAGUGUCUCUUGAGGGAGAAAAUGCUGGGAAGCUUUUUCUCCCCAUUUUGCUGCCUCGAACCUCUUGUUUAGUUGCUGCAUGUGUGUGUGCCAUACACUACCUCAGCACUUUACGCGAGUCAUCAUGUUAUGUGCAUGCCUGCCUGCGGGGGACAGGCAGGUGGAACGUGGCUUACUUUUAAGGGAGGGUGUGAGAAAUAACAAAUAAUGAAUCUCAUUCUGCCCAAAGUGCAUAAAUGUAAUUCAUAUUAAAUUAAAAAGAAUUAUACAGCUCUGCCAAGGGAAAAACAGAUUACUCUGUGGAGAUCAAAAGGCAUAAUAAAAUGAGGGAGCUCUAUCUCAGGCAUAAAGGCUCCCAAACAAGGGAAGUGAUGGAAUUCAUUAAUUUUUCCCCUGCUCUCUGUAAACGUACGUCAUCGUGAAUCGCUAAUGCAGUGUGAAACAUCCAGGGAAAUGUAAAUUAGAGGAAUAGGAAUAACUGGAGGUAACCAGCUGGUAUUUUUAAUACACGUUUACCCUGAUUCUCAUCUCGUUUGCACCUAGUUAGUGCAGGGCUAGUGCAGUACAGACAAAUGUCUUACAAUAUCCACUAAUUUGAGAUGAUAGCCUUUCUCAGGAAGCUGCUUCUCUCUUUAAUCUGAACAAAGUGGCUUCCUUCCUGGCAUCCCCAGGGCUUUGCAGGAAAAUCUCAAGACUCCAGCUUCUCCAAGGUGACAGGCAGUUUUAUGCCUGUAAUCCUUUUCUCUGAACGGAGAAAGAUAAACCUCAGCCACCCGAGCACCCUUCCCAAGUCUCCUGAUCCUUUCCCUUGCAAAUAGCCUCGGAGUUCAGAAUGGCAUAAUUGCCACCCUUCCAGCGCAGGGCGAGUUUAUGGAAGGCUUUGAUGUUUUUCUCUUUCUUUUUUUUUCCCUCCUUUUUUUUUCCUUUUGCUAUUAUUUUUUUUCUUUUAAGGCACAUUUAUCAGUCAUGGUUAGGGAUGGGCUCCCUGGUAGUCUCCAUCCAGACAGCUCCCAGGUUUGUGCCUGUGCCAUGAUAAUAAGUUUCAGUGGCUGCUUUGAGCUGCUUUAAGCAGAGAGAGUGUGUGUCAUGCAGGGAAAGAGCUCUGUGGCCACUGCAUCUGAAAACAGAGGUAGGCUGCUUCUGGCAUGGAAAACCCUGCUUCACCCCAGGCACCAGGUGCAAUUUGCUGUGGUUUUAUGCAGUCAUUUGAAAUACCUUGAGGAAAGGAGGGAAAUAAGCCUGUCUCAAUUGCCAGUUGCCAGCACCCGUGGUCCUGGGGAAGGCAAGCUCCAGGCGGCACAGCUGCCACGGAGGCACUGCUGCUGCUACAACAUCUGGGCACUUGCUCAAGAGAGCAAGGGCAGAGCAAUGAGUGUGGGAGGCCUCAGGAGGUGAUUCAGAUUUAGGAGAAUUUGGCAAUCUGAGGGCCCAAGAGCUGCUCGCUCGAUGCUCUGAGAGGCAAGGACUGUGUUAACCACCAUGGGCACUGUGGACCUGUGGAGGGAUUAGCAUAAAGGUACGGUUUGGGUACAACUAGCACACAUGUGGAUGUGGAAGUAAGUUUAUUGGCAUGGUACCUGUUUUUGUUUGUUAGUUUGUUUUUUCUUUGCUAUGCUUUUCCCCUCCUUUUUAUAUGUAUAGUGAGAGAUCACUUAGUGUGUUUCUCAGUAAACAAAUCCUUUGGUUUAAACA